UUAUAUUUAAAUAAAUGCAAACGGUUUAGUUAAGUUUAUAGAUUUGACAAGUUAUGUUAAAUGUUUAUAUAUUAUUUAAUGUAACAUUGUAAGGCUUUAUUUAACAUUAACGUUAUUUUUGUGAGUAAACAGCAUCCACACACGAGUAACAGAAAAAGCAUGUCUCGUUUUGAUUCGUGAAUCAUUUUAUCAUAAACACGAAUUCGGUCACUGGCGAACAGUGAUGGAGAAAAACUCCACAUAAUGACUGAAUUAUCAUCGCACGCUGACGACACAUGCUGGUCAAAACAGUGUAAAUGCAACAGAAACACAAACAUGUCAUGACAAAGUUAUACAAACCAACUGCUUUUGAAGCAUAAUGUAUCAUUAAAUAGCAAUGUAAAGCAUACAUGCCUAAAUAUAAACCUACUAUAUAAAUUGUGUUAUGUCAUUAAUUUGCAGAGCUAAUUUUGAGUGUUUUUGGCUAAUCAGGUCAUUCAAGGCCAUUAACUCUCACUCUGACUACUAAACUAAUGAGCUGAUUGAGACAUACCCUUUUGGUUUAUUUUUCUUUCUGUUAAUUAUUCUCUUCUUAAACAUGACAGAGUGUCCAAACACACUGAAAAACUCCUGGUGAAGCGACUGCGAUCCAUGUGACACUAUUAUAAAGAUGGCAUUUAUUAAAGAAGAAAGUGAAGACAUGAAGAUUGAAGAAACAUUCAGAGUGAAACAAGAAGAUACUGAGGGACAAACAGACCUGAUGCCGCUGAAAGAUGAGAAUCAAGAACUCAAUGAAGUGGAAGAUAAAAAUCAGUUUGAGAAACAUCAUGAUUUCAUGACUGGAGAAAAAUCUACACAGACUGAAAAGAUCUCACGAAAAAGACCUCAAAAGACCAAAUCUAACAUUUCUAAUUUAACACAAAAACAAAACCUUGAUGUCCACAAAAGAGUUCACUCUGGAGAGAAGCCUUUCACCUGCAAACUGUGUGGGAAGAACUUCUCACGAAAAGACAGUCUUAAGAAUCACAUGAGAAUUCACACUGGAGAGAAGCCGUUUGUAUGUGGUCAGUGUGGAAAGAGUUUCAGAUGUAAAGAAAAGCUUACUUACCACAUGAAGUCUCACUUAUAUGAGAACUGUUUUAAAUGUCAUCAUUGUGGAAAGAGUUUCACAGACAGGAAACUCCUUAAGAAUCAUGUAAAAACUCAUACUGGAGAGAAACAUUUCUUGUGUCAUCAGUGUGGAAAACAUUUCAGAUUCAGUAAAAACCUUAAGACUCACAUGAGAAUCCACACUGGAGAGAGGCCUUUCACAUGCGAUCACUGCGGAAAGAGUUUCUGUCAUAAGGUAAGCCUCAAAAAUCACAUGAACGUUCACACUGGAGAGAAGCCAUUCACAUGUGAUCACUGUGGAAAAUGUUUUGUGUAUAAAACAACACUUAAUGCCCACAUGAGACUUCACACUGGAGAGAAUCCUUUCACCUGCAAACUCUGUGGAAAGAGCUUCUCACUAAAAGGAAAUCUGAAGACUCACAUGAGAAUUCACACUGGAGAGAAACCGUUCAUAUGUGUUCAGUGUGGAAUAAGUUUCAGACGUAAAGAAACCCUUUAUACCCACUUGAGAAAUCACACUGGAGAGAGCUCUUAUAUCUGCAAACUGUGUGGGAAGAACUUCUCAAGAAAAGGAAAUCUGAAGACUCACAUGAGAAGUCACUCUGGAGAAAAGCCGUUCACAUGUGAUCAGUGUGGAAAGAGUUUCGGACGUAAAGAAACACUUAAUUACCACACGAAGAUUCACUCAAAAGAUAACAGUUUUAUAUGUCAUCAGUGUGGAAAGUGUUUCACAGACAGCAAUCAUCUUAAGAGGCAUGUUGUAAGUCACACUGGAGAGAAGCCUUUCAUGUGCCAUCACUGUGGAAAGACUUGUAAAAACAAAGCAAUCCUUGAGGUUCACAUAAGAAUUCACUCUGGAGAGAAGCCUUUCACCUGUCCUCAGUGUGGAAAGAGUUUCACACUUAAAGGGAACCUUCAGUCUCACAUGAGAGUUCACUCUGGAGAGAGGCCUUUCAAGUGUCUUCAGUGUGAAAAGAGUUUCAGAUUUAAAGGAAACCUUAACAAUCACAUGAGGCUUCACAUGUCUUCAGUGGGAGAAGAAUUACAUAUAUCCACAGAGACCUGAAACUUCAAAAUCAUCUUGGAAAGAAAUUGCAAUUUUCAGGGCCUGGGUAAAGAGGUUUAAGAAAUCAAGAAAUAUUCCUCGUUUAGAAUACUCCAUAUUCAUCAGCAUAAGAUUCAUGUGCAUAUGCACGUGUUGUGAAAGUUUUCAUGAGGAGUUAAAAGGUGUGUAUAAAUACAAAGAGAGUACACAAUUAUUAGUGAAUGAGACCCAUUGUCCUGUCUGGACGAUCCCUGGUUGUUUAAACGUUCUUUGAUUUAAGAAUUACGGAAGCCUCUGCUCUUAAGAACCUUCAAUGCUUCAACACAAUCUUGCUUCUGAGCUCUGCAGGCAGUUCCUUUAAAGCCCGAUACACACCAAGCCGACGAACUAGUGGCGACGAAAGCAGACUGUGGGGUUGGCUCAUGUCAGCAGCGUCUGUGUCCAAAGUUGGCCUGACACACCAAACCAACGCUCAACAGCCAACGGCCA